AUGGGAAAGUUUAAGGCUCCUGGACCUGAUGGGUUGCAAGCUGUAUUUUUCCAAAGUCACUGGAAGUUGGUGGGGGAUUCUGUUUGUAGGUUAAUUGUGGUUAUAUUUCUGGAUCCUGGGAAAGUCAAGGAAAUAAACAAGUCCUUGAUUUGCCUUAUUCCUAAGAAGGACUGUCCAGAAUGCAUGAAAGAUUUUCGGCCUAUAAGUCUGUGCAAUGUGGUGUAUAAGGCAGUGACUAAGAUCAUUACUGAUAGAUUGAGGGAUUUUAUGCCCAGGUUGGUGGCUCCUAACCAGUGUAGUUUCAUUAAAGGGAGACAAAGUGCAGAUAAUAAUAUUGUUGCACAAGAAGUGGUGCAUUCCAUGAAAGGGAAGAAAGGGAAUGGGGGUCUGACAAAAGAGUUUAAGCCUAAGAGAGGGAUUAGGCAGGGUGAUCCCAUUUCUCCAUACCUCUUUGUGUUGUGUGUGGAGAGAUUGGCUCAUCUUAUACAAUUAGUUGUGGAUACCAAAGCCUGGAAACCUGUUCUGAAAAUCAGUGUGGAGAAGUCUAGAGUGUGUUUUUCUAGUAAUGUGGGCUUCAAUAGGGCUAAAGAGAUUAGUGAGUGUCUUGGAGUGGGUGUCACUAGUGAUUUGGGGAAGUAUCUUAGGGUGAAUCUCAACCAUAAAAGAGUAUCUAGGAAAUCCUUGAAUUAUGUGGUUGAGAGGGUGCAAUGCAGGAUGUCAUCUUGGAGUCAGAAUGUCCUAUCCCUGGCAGGGAGGGUCACACUGGCUAAAUCAGUGCUGGAGACUCUUCCAGCUUAUGCUAUGCAGACUAUUGAUGUCCCCUCUGGUACCUGUAAGGAGGUGGAGAAACUGACUAGGAGAUUCAUUUGGGGUUCAAGCUCUACUAAGAGGAAGGUUCAUCUGGUUAGCUGGAAUAACAUUUGCAGGAGAAAGACGGAGGGAGGACUUGGCUUGAGAGACCAAAGUCUGGUUAAUAAGGCUUAUGCCAUGAAGAUUGGGUUUGGAGUGAUGACAAAUUCUGGCUCUCUUUGGGCCAGAAUCCUCAGAAGUAAGUACAAGGUGGAUUCGGGUUUAGUUCCAAUGCUGAAGGAAGCUAGAAGUAAUUCUAAUACUUGGAGAAGUGUUUGCAAAAGCUGGAGCCAUGUUCAAGAAGGGGUGAAAAUUCUUAUUGGAAAUGGAACUCAAACUAUGUUUUGGGUUGGAUAA